GAUGCCCGCACGCUGCUUGCCCCGCAUCCCAGCCCGAGGGGCCCGCCCGGGUGCGGGGAUCGCGCGGACCUUGGGGGCGCAUCGUGAGGGUGCCGUGGGUUUGGGCUGCUAAACGGCGCGCUCUCGCCGUGCUCACCUGCGCUUUCCCUCCCUCUCUUUUUCUAACGCAGAAACGAGAAGCAGGAGGAAGAAGAGGUUCGUGUCCAGCCCCCGCUACGUGGAGACCAUGCUGGUGGCCGACCAGUCCAUGGCCGAGUUCCACGGCAGCGGGCUGAAGCACUACCUGCUGACCCUGCUCUCCGUGGCCGCCAAGCUGUACAAGCACCCCAGCAUCCGCAACUCCAUCAGCCUCGUGGUGGUGAAGAUCAUGGUCAUUUACGAGGAGCGCAAGGGCCCGGAUAUCUCCUCCAACGCCGCCCUGACUCUGAGGAACUUCUGCAGCUGGCAGAAGCAGCACAACCCGCCCAGCGACCGGCACGCCGAGCACUACGACACGGCCAUCCUCUUCACCAGGCAGGACCUGUGCGGUGCCAAGACAUGUGAUACUCUUGGGAUGGCUGAUGUGGGAACAGUUUGUGAUCUAAACCGCAGUUGCUCUAUCAUAGAAGACGAUGGUUUGCAGGCUGCCUUCACAACAGCCCACGAAUUAGGCCACGUGUUUAACAUGCCUCAUGACGAUGCAAAGCAGUGUGCUGGCAUCAAUGGAAUGAGCCGGGAUUUCCACAUGAUGGCAUCCAUGCUCUCCAACCUGGACCGCAGCCAGCCCUGGUCUCCAUGCAGUGCCUACAUGAUUACAACAUUUUUGGAUAACGGUCAUGGGGAGUGUUUGUUGGACAAACCCCACAGGCCCAUCCAGCUGCCUUCGGACUUGCCUGGCACGCUGUACGAUGCCAACAGGCAGUGCCAGUUCACGUUUGGAGAUGAGUCCAAGCACUGCCCCGACGCAGCCAGUACGUGCACGACGCUGUGGUGCACCGGCACCUCGGGAGGGCUGCUGGUGUGCCAAACCAAACACUUCCCCUGGGCAGACGGCACCAGCUGCGGGGAAGGGAAGUGGUGCAUGAAUGGCAAGUGUGUGAAUAAGACUGAGAAGAAGCAUUAUGAUACGCCAGUGCAUGGGAGCUGGGGGUCCUGGGGGGCGUGGGGCGAGUGCUCCCGGAGCUGUGGCGGGGGAGUGCAGUAUUCCUUCCGGGAAUGUGACAACCCCGUGCCCAGGAAUGGGGGCAAGUACUGCGAAGGGAAGCGCGUGCAGUACAGGUCCUGUAACAUCGAGGACUGCCCCGACAAUAAUGGCAAAACGUUCAGGGAGGAACAGUGUGAAAAGCACAACGAGUUUUCCAAGUCUGCCUUUGGAAGUGGACCUGCUGUGGAGUGGACACCCAAGUUUGCUGGUGUGUCUCCAAAGGACAGAUGCAAGCUGGUGUGCAGAGCCAAAGGAACGGGAUACUUCUUUGUUCUACAGCCAAAGGUGGUGGAUGGCACCCCGUGCAGCCCCGACUCCACGUCCGUGUGCGUGCAGGGCCAGUGCGUGAAGGCGGGCUGCGACCGCACCAUCGGCUCCAACAAGAAGUUCGACAAGUGCGGCAUCUGCGGGGGCAACGGCUCCACCUGCAAGAAGGUGUCUGGCACCCUCGUGAGAGCCAAACCCGGCUACCACGACGUGGUCACCAUCCCGGCGGGGGCCACCAACAUCGAGGUGAAGCAGCGGAACCACCGCGGCGCCAGGCACGACGGCAGCUUCCUGGCCAUCAAAGGCGCCGACGGCACCUACGUCCUCAACGGCGACUACACGCUGUCCACGCUGGAGCAGGACAUCACCUACAAGGGCAGCGUGCUGCGCUACAGCGGCUCCUCGGCCGCCCUGGAGCGCAUCCGCAGCUUCAGCCCGCUGAAGGAGCCCCUCACCAUCCAGGUGCUGACGGUGGGCGACCUGCCGCAGCCCAAGAUCAAGUUCACCUACUUCGUGAAGAAGCCGGCGCAGCCCGGCGCCGACAAGGCGGCCGGCAGGAAGAAAGAAUCCUUCAACGCCAUCAGGGAGAUCAUCUCCUCGGAGUGGGUGAUCGAGGAGUGGGGCGAGUGCUCCAAGUCGUGCGGCUCGGGCUGGCAGCGGCGCGCCGUGGAGUGCCGGGACCCGCGCGGCCGCCCGGCCGCCGACUGC